GGGAAACCUUAUAAGUUCAGUAAUAAACCAAUUUUUUUUUCGGUGUAUAACAGCUAAAAAUUGAAUAAAUGAGAAAAAUGUUUUUUUUACAAUUGUUUUAAGAAAGAGAGAGAGUUAUUGUUUGAAACAAAAACUCGAAUCCAAUCAGAUCAUGAGCCUCCGUUUUGAUUACAUAUACUAUGAGCGACGCGUUUAAACAGCAAUCGUGCACACAUAUACAUGCAUAGUGCUAUGUAUGCACAGAGUUGUGCACGUUUAAUACAUGCAUAACUUUAAUCAUGCACAAGCCGUUAUUCAUGAUUAAGCGCGGAUUUAGACGACGAGUUAUGCACGCAUAGCAAUGCAUGAUCGCCUUAAUCAUGCAUAAGAGCGCCGUAUAAACAUAGUGUAAGACAUUAUGUUCAUUGAUUUCUUUGAUUUUUCGAUUUUUUUGAUUUUUUGAGUUUUUUGAUUUUCUUGUCUGAUUUAAAUCAAAAAACUCAGCUUUUUCCCCCUUGAUUUAUCUCAAUAUUGAAACACGUUUCUAUUGGUAUCUGUGCUUUCGGUAUAGCAUGGUUAGUUAUUGAUUCAAUGAACUGUUCAUUGUUUUAAAAAUAAUUUUUCUAAAAAAAUCUCAUAGGAAAAUAUGGAUCCUCGUCGAAUGAAUCGAUUAAUUGAAUUUUUUCGUAUAUUUAUUAAUAAUCAAACAGUGGUUAAUACACUUCAUGAAACUUUUCGACGGUCAUUAAUUGAAAGUUUAAGAAAUUUUCAAUGGCGUAUUCCAUCAAUUUGGUGUUCUAUACAUGAACAAGCUAAAAUGUUACUCGAUCAUCCAUCGAAAUCUAUACGAGAUUAUGUUGCUGGUGUAUUAUCAAUAUCACUUAGCUUAGAUAUAACAUUAUCGAAUAAAAAUUUGAUACAUGAACCUGAUGUUAAUCAAUUUGUUGAUGAUAUAUGUGAACGAUUACGAGAAGCUAUUGAAGUUUAUGAUAAGAAACCUUUAAUCAAUGCCUCGAAUCAAGCCAUUACAAUGGAAUUUGAAGCUUGUAAAGCAUUAAAUUUUAUGGAAACAGUCCUUCAAAUACUCAAAUCAUUCUUCUUUUGGUCACGACAACCAGUGAAAGAUUCACUUAUUCGUAUUUUUCCUUCUCUUUGUGAAAUGGAAAGUUUUGGUGCUAAUAAUGAUACCUUGAAAGACAGUUUAUUGAUUAGUCGAAUGAAUAUUGGAACAAGUUAUUUACAUGAACAGCUUUUAGAAGCACUUAUUCAACAAUUAGAACAAGUUUGUAUGAAUCCAAAACGGCAUGCACGUCGAACUGCUAUUGAUUUUAUUCAAAAUAUGAUCUUUUCUAAUUUAUUUAAUGCUCGUCAAUAUGCUAAACAAUUACAUAGACUUGUAAUCAAAUGUUUAUUUGAUGAACAACUAGAAGUACGUUUAUCAGCAUCAACAACUUUAUCAAGUUUCUAUCAAUGUGGUUAUGUUCAAGUAACUGAUAAAGAUCUGCAAUACUUUCGUAUGAUGAGUAAAAUCGAUGGUAAAAAAGUAACUUUGACGAAGAAUAUUAUCACACAACAUGGAGGUAGUCAAUGUGAAUUAUAUGAUCAUGUGAUUUUAAUUAUUAUUGUAGGUAUUUUGGGUCUAUGUGCAAUUAUUCUCUCAGGUCCAUAUGAUAUUUCAUCUUUUGUACCAGAUGCAUUAAUAUUUCUUUGCGAACAUUCAAAUGAUCGUCAUAUGAUACAAAAAUCAAUUCACCAAUGUUUAUCUGAAUUUCGUCGUACUCAUUAUGAUUCAUGGCAUGAACAUCAACGAAGUUUUACGAAAGAUCAACUUUUGAUUUUAACCGAUGCACUAAUUUCACAUAGCUAUUAUGUUUAA